GAGUGUGAAGCCUCCUCGUCUGGUGUGAGUCGAUGUGAGCAGCUCAGCAUGAGAUCUACAUUCAAAAAUGCCUUUGCAUCUUUACGUGCCAUGCGUGUGUAUCCCACACCCCGACUCCCAGCAAAACAGAGGCAAGGCAGGACCGAGCGAUGUUGGACGCGCUGUUAUCGCAGGCAGCGGGACAGUGAGACAAAUUGGAGGACAGGAGCGGAGCAGGACGCACGGAUCUGAAAGCUAACAGCAGCCCGGACAGCUAGCAGCAGCAGCAGCAGCAGCAGCUCGCCACCCCCGUCCUAGGCCCGACCUCAUGGAUCCCGGUGGAAAUGAACUGGACUCCAGCCUGCCUCAGCCAGAGAACCCGUGUCUGAUCGUGGAGGACUCCCAGCCAGACAGCGUCGCUCUGGAGGACGAUCCCGAGAGCAGCUACCGAGCGCUGCUGGCCCGCCGCCUGUCCAGCCUGCAGCCCACCUCCCGCAGCCCGGUGCUGGAGCUGAUCGCAUCACCGUUGGGAAGCAGAUGCUCUCAGACUGACAGCCAAUCAGAGAGCAACGACCAGACUGAACCCGACGUCCUCGCAGCGACCAACCCCAGCUCAGCAUUCCAGGAGGAGAGUCAAGUUUUAGACAUCUGCUCUCCUCCAAACAAGAAGAAGUGCGUACCGGAGGAUGCUGAGAUGGAUUCUGGAGCUGAUUCUACUACACACUGUGUUCAGUCUGAAGGAGGAUCUUCUCAGUUUGGAUUUCUGGAGCUCUCUCAGAGUCAAGACCUGAACAGUCAGAGAGGAGACGUCGUCCCUCAGUCAGACAGCAGCAGACGCAGCAAGUUAGAGCAGAACAUCAGGCCUUCAGAGAGUCAGGACAGCAAAGCAGUGAGGUCGGAGGUCAGCUCCAGCAGCUCCUCAGAGUCUCUGGGUCAGUCGGGUCGGCAGCUGAGCGUCCAGGUUCUGCUGCACUCACAGAACCUCCAGAACUCUGACGAGCAGAACCAGCAGGACUGUGAGAUCCUGUCGUCACAGGAGGAUCUGUUCGACGGCGACAAGACGGGUGCUGCAGUCGACAGCACAGUGUCAGAGCCGGAGCAGCAGGGUCACCCAACAGCGACGCCGGCCAACACCCUCCGACUGCUGCAUCUGUCCGGACAGGGAACGCUGGUGCCGGAGAGCCUGUCCCAGAGUUCUGUCGAUUAUGUGGCCCCCACUCCUGACAACUUCCACCACACCCCUCUGAUUGUUCCCAGCUCUCCGACCGCACCAGAGAACGAACACGGUGCUGAUGAACCGAUGGACACUUCGCUGCCUCCAGAGGAGCGAGCAGCAGAAAAGGACGAACCAAUGGAAACCGAGGCUGCCUCUAAGCCCCUCCCAUCUGCCUCCACUCCCGUAUCCCAGAAUUCCCCUGGUUUUGUGUUAAAGGGAAGUCUCUCCGUACCCUCCCAGCCUGAGUUCUCUCAUGACGUGUUCGUACCGACGCAGAGCCAGGAGGCCCCGCAGCAGUCGGACAGGAAGUCAGCAUCUUUGCCUUGUGAGACUCAGUCUCAGCUCGUGGAGACGGCCCGCUUCACUUUGCCUUUGCAGCUCUCUGUGAACACGCAGAGCAGCAGCCCACAUCAGCAGACCUCAGAGCAGGUUGACGAGGACAGUCAGGCCACGCAGAUAGAUGAGCUAGAGGAGAAGCCCGCCGUCGACACCAGCGACUCCGUGAGUUCGUGUCGCGAUCAGAAACAGGAGAGUAACGCCGUCCCCUCAGAGUCACAAGCUGCCACCAGCUCCAAAGCUUCCACCUCUGCUGCAUCACCAAAGCACCACAGCGAAAGUGCCGGGGUCGAACAGCACAAACAGACUCUGAAUGUACAAAACGUGAAUGUAAAAGCCGCUGAGAGUGACAGCAGGGAGGCGGGUUCUGCUGCCGUGGUGUCCUGCUCUCAGCCAAAGCUGGACUCCUCUAGUUUAACUGUUAACAGCUGUGUGCAGGAGAUGCCCUGCAGCCUACCAUCACAGUCCAUGAUCUCCCAGACAUCUGCUGUGGAUGUGGUGAAGAGCUCUGUGAGUGCAAAGAGUCCAUCUGGAGAGUCACAGCAGCGGUCGGUGGUGAGUAACAGCCAGAGAGACAAAGACAUGGUGGAGGAGCAGGAGGAGGUGAUGGAGGAGGAGAACACCUCAGGACUGGCUCUGGCUCUGUCCCAGAGUCAGCUGCUGUCUCCAGAGCCCAUGGAGGAGGAGGACAGUGAGGUCAGAGGGGAGGACAGUGAGGUCAGAGGGGAGGACAGCAUCAUCGUGGUAACGGACAGUGAGAGAGACUCUCAGCUUCAUCAGAAAAACGCGCCGCCGCCGUCCAACCAGCCAAUCAAAGAGUCCGUCUCCACCAAUGGCCACGAGUCCCAGGUUCAGGAGAAGGAGGUGGACGAGGCUCCUGAUAGGCUGCUGCAGACGGAGAAGGCGGGACGUGAAGCAGAAGAACUCAAAGAAAAGAGUCUGAGUGACAGUUCAGGAGAAAUCUCCUUCCACUUCACCCUCCCUAAAGAAGGCGAGCUGAUUGGUCCUGCUGUCGGCGCCACGCCUCCUCUGAUCAACCAGCUGAAGCAGACGCUGAGACACAGCACUCCCAUCGAGAUCACCUCCUUCUCCGAGAAGUCGGAAGCGGUGGCCGAUGUCUCCGCGGAUGUGGCGAUGGCAGCCGGUGACAUCGUGUCGGGGGAGAGUGUGGAGGACUCGGCUGAGAAGGGAGACGGGAAGCUGAGUCUGAGGAUGAAGCUGGUGACUCCUGUGGAAGAGGGCAGCUCAGAGCGCUUCAGCCUGCAGAAGCCAACACUAUCAGAAGAGGAUGGAUCUGUCGUCAAGGUUACUGCUGUUUCCAAGGCUGUAAGCAGCAGCCCGUCAGUGUUCAGUCGGGUCCGGCAGGUUCACCGGCAGCAGGAGGCGGAGGAGGACAGUCAGCCUGGGGGCAACUCUACACCUGUCAGGGGGGAACUGUUCGGCUCCCCUCAGAGGAGCUCUCAGGCGUCCUCGCUGGGCUGCAACAGCCUCCCGAACAGCCAAUCAGAACCUCCACAGCAGGAAGUAUCCUCAGCACAGCAGCAGAACCUCAAGGACACCGUCGCCCCCUCCGAGCCGCCUGAGGAGAGGCGAGGACCUCCUGCAGCUCCGGAGCCGUCACCCCCUCACAGCACAGACAGCAGGCAGAAGGUGGUUUCCCAGCAGGCCUUCGACAACACCAUCACCUCCACUCCAUCCAACAAGCUACGUCAGCGGACAGUUUCCCAGCAGACCAGCUUCGAUGCUCCGGGGUUUCGCUCCCCAGCUGGCCGGGGGGAACCAGAGUCUCCGUCCUUCAGGAGAACCACAGUGCCGUCGCACCGCAGACACGUACGGACCAUCCAGGAAGUCCGAACCACCGUCACACGGAUCAUCACCGACGUUUAUUAUGAGGACGGCAAAGAGGUGGAUCGAAAAGUCACCGAGGAGAGCGAGGAGCCGGUGGUGGACUGUCAGGUCUUGGACAGCGACAUCUCGCCGUGCCGCACAGGAAGCAGCUCGUUGACCUCCGGUGACCUCGGUGACAUCAGCUCUCUGUCGUCGAAGGCGUCCAGCCUGCAGCACAGCUCCAGUGGAACCAGCAGCAGCACCGGCCUCAGCAGACCCGGGUUCAUCAUCCCGACCAGCAGAGGAGCCAGAUCCAUGAGUCCCAGAAGGGGAGGUGGGCAUCAACAGAGGGGUCACAGGGGUCACAGGGCAGGGUCAGUGGUCACAGUGAACAGAGGCUACGGCACCCUGGGGUCCCGGGGGUUCGUCCCGCCGACCACCAGAGGAAGAGCUCGAAGGGGCCGACCCCCAUCCCGCUCCUCCCUGUCCAGGGGAGCUGGUUCUGGGCCUCUGCAGAGGUUCGCUGCUCACGGUCAGCCUCAGUCCUGCUCAGAGGAUGAACCCUACAGCCGGAUGCUGCCUCCUCGCCUCCCCGUCAGCCCCACGGACCACGAGCUGCCGAGCCACUCCGACUCCCUCCGGUCGUCUCCGGAGGAGGCGAGCUUGGCCGGCAGCAGCCUCGUGGGCCUGCGGGUGGUGGCCAAGUGGUCGUCCAACGGCUACUUCUACUCGGGCCGCAUCAUGAAGGACGCCGGCGAGGGGAGGUUCCGCCUGCGGUUCGACGACGGCUACGAGUGCGAGGUGGCCGGGAAGGACGUCCUGCUGUGUGAUCCGAUCCCGCUGGAGACGGAGGUCACGGCUCUGCUGGAGGACGAGUACUUCAGUAUAGGUGUAGUGAAGGGCCAUAAAACGGAGGGCCAGGAGCUGUUCUACAACGUGGAGAGGGAGGGCCAGAAGCAGUGGUACAACCGGACCUCCAUCAUCCUGUCACUGGAGCAGGGAAACAAGCUGAGGGAGCAGCACAGCCUCGGGCCCUACGAACCCUCCACCCCGCUGGCUAAGGCCUCCGACAUCAGUCUGGAUAACUUGGUGGAGGGGAAGAGGAGGCGCAGAGGGACCCCUGGAGGUCAGAACACCCCCAACAGAAGCUCCUCCAGCAGCCCUCGGACCCCCGGACCCUCCGGCAAGAGGAAGCUGCUGAGCUCCAACGACAACCGGUCAGCGGCUAAACGAGGCCGUAGGGGGGCCGGAGCCCGAGCCGCCCAGCGGGUUGGAGUGUGUAACACCUCUGGCAGCGGUACCGACGCACCGGGUCGGUCCUGUGACGUGUCAGAGUCUCACGGCCCGAUGCCACAGAACACGUCUCUGUUCAUGGGCUUCGCUUUCAUGCUGACGGCUUCGUCUGAGGUCGACCGGCUGACCAACAAGCUCACGAGCGACGAUGAGGAAGAUUACGUGCAGACGGGUCCAUACAACAAAUCGUACACGGAGUCCCAGCUGCAAGCAGGUGGAGGCUUCAUCCUGCCGGACUUCAAUGAAGAACAGUGUAAAGCAGCGUACCAGAGCCUCCUCAUUGCAGACCAGCACUGCCGAACCAGGAAGUAUCUGCUGUGUUUGGCCAGCGGAGUGCCGUGUGUGUCGCAUUUAUGGGUGAGAGACUGCUGCAAGGACAACAAGCUGCUCAACUACAGGAACUACCUGCUGCCUGCCGGCAUCGGGCCGGACGACGCCAUCGUAGAGUGGCAUCCUCGCUGCAGUCCGUUCAAGACCCUGCGAGUCCUUCUGGUGUUUGAGAAGCCGGUGGAGCUUUGGGCCCAGCUGAUCACUUUAGGAGGAAGUUCUUCUGUUCGGCACUUCCAGGCAGAGAAGGACAGCUCUGACAUUCCUGCUGGCAAGUAUGACCUCGUGGUGACAGACGCUGCCUGUUCGCCAUUGGUAGAGAAAAACGUGACAUCACAGGAAGUCCCGCUAGUGUCUCCUGAGUGGCUCAUCCAGAGCGUCAUCUGCGGGGAGCGCCUCAGUUUCCACAGCAAGCCUCAGUAUCGCCACGACUACUCCUCCUCAUAAUCAGACUCCACAAUGUGCAAAAUGCCUUCGACCAAGUUAAAUGUUGAGCGUUAGUUCUGUUGCAUGCCUCUGCUGUAUAUAACUUUAUCCUGUCUGUUUUUAUGGGAUAAUAAAUUGUGAUCCUUGUUUCAUUUUAA